AUGGCAGCAGGAACAGCUAAUCGUUUAGAUUUCGAAGACGAUGCUUGCAAAGCACGGGAAUACUAUAUGUAUGGCGAUUACAAGAUGGGAUUGGCGUUUUAUGACUUAGCAAUUGGUAAACUUCGAGUUUAUUGUCAAAAGUUAUCGAAUCCAACAGAAAAACAGCAAGGAGCCAAGUGCAUUACUGAACUCGAACAGGAAGCUCGAGCAACUAAAGAACAUGCACGUUGCCUCGAAGAGGCACAAGAAAAUUUAAUAGAGCUUAUGGUGAAUAAAAACAAACGAGCAGCAGAGGAUCGCACUCCGAAUUUAGCUUUCGAUGAUCAUCCAGUAAGAGAUAUCUGUGCCGAUCAACGUCGACCCGCUCACAAACCCGCACCAUUUCAACCACCAGCGCCGCGCGCUGAUGUAAAAUCUGCGAAUAAUAACAACAAUCGUGGCAAGAAUGCUCCAUCAAGUGCACAUGGAAAUCGACAUAACUCACGUGAUAAUAAACCUGUCAAUAAUCAAGAGAAGAAGUAUGUACCUGUUGGAGCGGAGAAAGAUCUUGUGGAAGGUUUAGAACGUGAUAUUGUUCAAAAGAAUCCUAAUGUUCGAUGGGCGGAUGUGGCCGGUUGCACAGGUGCGAAAAAGCUCUUGCAAGAAGCCGUUGUUUUACCGCUCGUUAUGCCUGAGUUCUUCAAAGGUCUUCGCCGUCCGUGGAAGGGUAUUAUGUUGUUCGGUCCGCCUGGUACAGGCAAAACGAUGUUAGCUAAAGCAGUAGCGACAGAAUGUAAAACAACAUUUUUCAAUGUCGCCGCAGCAAACUUAACAUCGAAAUAUCACGGCGAAGGCGAGAAACUUGUUCGUUUAUUGUUUGAAAUGGCGAAAUUCUACGCUCCUUCAACCGUCUUCAUUGAUGAAAUCGACUCUCUAUGCUCAGCUCGUGGUCAGUCGAACGAACACGAAGCAAGUCGUCGCGCAAAAUCCGAAUUACUCAUUCAAAUGGACGGUGUAGCCGGUGCUCUUGGUGGUGAUGAUCCGACGAAAAUGGUUAUGGUACUCGGCGCAACUAAUCAUCCAUGGGAUUUGGACACCGCUAUGCGACGACGUUUGGAAAAACAUGUUCCACUUGAUAAAGAUGUUAAUUUGGAUGUCAUCGCCGAGAAAUUAUCUGAUUAUUCCGGAUCGGAUAUAACUGGUGUUUGUCGAGAUGCAGCAAUGAUGCCAAUGCGUCGAAUUACGGAAAAUUUAAGCAUUUCACAAAUACAAGAACAAGCUCAGAAUUUGAAAGAAAAACUCUUGUCGCCAACAACAAUGAGUGACUUCGAAGCGGCAAUAUCGAAAGUUUCUUCGUCAAUAUCAAAAGAAAUGCUCGAUAAAUACGAUCAAUGGAUGAAAGAUUUUGGUUCAACUUGA